CCAGUGAGGAUAGAGCUGCAGGUUCAUCGAGCAGAAGCAGACAUGAGUGCCUUCCCGCACCAGAUAGUGGACGUGGACUCUGCUACUAACAGAGAGCUGCUGCACCUCUUCCACGGCGAGAGGACGGGCUUCGUGCAGGUGGGCCGCUCCAGAUGGCUGCUGCCCAGCAAGUACCGCCGCAUGGCGGGCGACUUCUACAACUUCAGAGUCCGUCCUGACGACACCUGGGUCGUCACCUUCCCCCGCUCAGGCACGACCUUGACACAAGAGAUGGUGUGGCUGCUGGGGAACAACCUGGACUACAAGACAGCCAGCGAGGUUCGACUCAACAGCCGGUUUCCGUUCAUAGAGACACGGGCUGUGCACGGCAGGUUCCCGAUGCUGAUACACGACGAGGUGUUGAAGGACCUGCAGGACCUGAACCAGGACUCGAGUCGACGGGCCAGGGUGGAGCAGAUGUCGCGGCCACUGACCGAGGAGCUGGACCAGGCCACGUCUGGCCGGUUCAUCAAAACUCACCUGCCGCUCGACGUGCUGCCGCCUGACCUGCUGACCGCCGGCUGCAAGGUCGUGUACGUGGCGAGGAAUCCCCUGGACGUCGUGGUGUCUGGUUACCACCACAAUCGCCGCUUCGAGUUGGUUGGCUACAAAGGAGAUUUUCCAAAGUACUGGAACUGUUUCAAGAAAGAUUUAGUGAUGUUCUCGCCGUACUGGGCCCACGUGACCGAGGCCUGGGGAAAGAGGCACAGUCCCAACAUGCUGUUCCUCUUCUACGAGGACAUCGUGAAGGACAUGCGCGCGGCCAUCCGGCGGGUGGCCGACUUCCUGGGCACCCAGGUGACCGAGGAGCAGGUGGCCGCCCUGGCCGCCCACCUGCACAUAGACACCUUCAGGAAGAACCCCGCCAUCGAGCCCAACUCGCAGCGCCUGGUGGGUCUCGUCAACCAGGAUGCCCAGGACUUCGUCAGGAAAGGCAAAACUGGCGGAUGGACAGAAGAAUUCACACCUGAAAUAGUUGUAGAAGCCGAGAAUUGGAUGAAAGAGAAUUUGUCAAAAACUGAUCUCCGUUUUCCUUUGUAAAAAUAGAAUUAAAUUUUAGUGUACUUGCAUAUAUUUUUUUUAGAUGACACAUUUUUAAUGAUAUCUUAUGUAUGAUUUUUAUUCAAUUUGUAUAUGGUAUGUUAUUACAGAAAUAAAAUUAUUUACUAAUCAAA